AUGGGUGGAUUUUCUGGUUCUCUGGGCCUCGGCCCCCCCAAGCCACUAUGUGGCUCCGCCCCUGCAUGCCGUCGAUUUUCACUGGCUGAGAUCAAGACAGCUACCAAUAACUUUGAUGAUAAUUUAGUAAUUGGUGAGGAUCGUUAUGGGAAGAAAGUAUACAAGGGGUUUAUUGAUGACCGUACCAUAAGCGUUGCAGUAAAGCGUACGGAUUUAAGGUCGGGUAAGAACGAGGUGCUGUUCCUUUGCCAGUUACACCACCCCAACCUCGCCCGUCUCAUCGGAUAUUGUUUCGAUAAAUGCGAGAUGAUCACAGUCUACGAAUUCAUGGAGAAUGGAAACCUCGGCGACCACAUUUACGCCACUAAACGCCAUGAACCCCUCCCGUGGAAACAAAGACUCCAGAUUUGCAUUGGAGUGGCGCGUGGACUGCACUACCUUCAAACUGGGCUGAAGCAUUGUAUUUACCACCUUGACGUGCAGCCGAGAAACAUUCUUCUGGACGAGAAAUGGGAGGCCAAGUUGGGAGCUUUCGAGAUUUCCGAGAUGGGUCCCCCUAGUUUGUCAAAGGCUUCAAUUAAAAUGGAUUUUGUGGGAGUAGCGGGAACUCGUGGAUACGUUGCUCCGGAGAAUUUCUUUGUCGGGGGGCUGCUUAGCGAUAAAUCUGACGUUUACUCUUUUGGUAUGGUACUGUUGGAAGUGCUCUGUGCCAGAAAGCCAUUGGAAGUCUCAGUGGAGAGAGAAGAAGAGGUUUGCCUGCCUGGCUGGGCCCAAAAAUGCAAAGAAGAAGGGACCAUAAAUCAGAUAAUUGAUCCGCAUCUGACGGGGAAGAUAGCCCCAGAGUGUUUAAACAUAUAUGUGGACAUUGCGACCUCUUGUGUGCAACAUGAGGAAAAGGAUCGUCCCACAAUGGUUGAAGUGGAAGUAGACCUCGAACAUGCAUUGGAACUGCAAGAGAGCGCAGAUGCUGCUAGCAAGGAUGUGGAUCCUGUGUUGUGA